GUCAACCACGUCAAUCAAGCAACACUCCACGUCGGUUUAAUGCAUUUAGUGUACCCCAAACCAUGGGCGAUUCCAACAGAAUCCUUUCCUGGGUCUUGAAUCUUCCCCGGCACACCGACUACAGUCCUCCUUCGCCUCCCGACGAGCGUCGCAAACGCAAGAUCCGAAAUACGGCGUCGAGCCAUCAACUUGCCAGUCCCCCGACCUCGCUCGACGAUUACGACAUGGCAUCGACACCGAAACGGCGACGACUCGAAGGCGGUACAAGUGCACGGUUUGAUCCCGAUGCGACUCCCCGGCCUGGCACGCGCAGCAUCACAGCCGAUUCCUCUGCGUCUGCUUCCGCGUCUGAUACGAGUUCUGUCUCGGGCGCGUCGUCUCCAAAGAAACAGAUGAUGAAUCUUCGCUUGAGCGACGCCGGUGUGAUAUACAGGUCACUCAACGAGCGGACAGCGCCUGCGGUGGCCGAGACGCUGUUUACGACAAUAUCUGACAUCGGACGAGGCUUCGACCUUGUACCGGAUUCUUUCAAGGCGACCAUCACCCAGAAACUCAAGGACCGAGGCAUGGAAUCUCGCCGGUGGGGGCAUUGCUUCAAGCCGGCCGGCGAGGCCGAUGUUCUGCCGGGCCGGAUCCCAUCUUUCGACGAGGUUGAGAGGGUCUUUGUCGAGGCCCAAGAGUGCGAGGACUUUAGACACGAAGAGAGUGCCUGGAACUCUCAGGUUCAUCUGCGACUACUGGAAGGCAUCUUCAAAACGCCGCAAGGUCACCUGUGUGAUGACUUUGGCUCCGUCAGCUGCACGUCGGCCCGUCCACACCGCGAGUUUAAGCCAUCCGCAUCAAUGGCCAAGAUGAUUGACAUCUGCGUGUUCGCUUCAGUCGACCGAGACACCGAGUUGAAGAGGGCUGUCAUCGAAUUCAGCAAACUCACACCAACGCUAUCCAUCAAUCACACCGACUUUGAACCCACUCAGCAUCGUCCCCUCCUCCUCAGCAUCGAGACUAAGAGACCUGGCGUCGAUGGAGACAAGGCCCAACUGCAGAUGGGCGUCUGGCAUGCCGCUCAGUGGGCCUUUCUCCGCUGGGCGGUCGGCCAUAGCCUUGUCCGCCGGCGCAUAGCACAAGGCUCAGGAGCGGCCAAUACAGACGAGCUCCGGGCGGCGGAGCGUGCUACCCUGGCGAGGUUGGGUUUCAUACCAGGCAUCAUUGUGCAGGGACACCGGUGGCACCUGGUGUUGUCGACGUACGGCGAGGACGGCAAAACAACGCUGUGGGCAGAGUGGGAGAUUGGUUCGACAAAAAGCCUCCAAGACAUAUAUGCCAUUGUUGCGGGGGUGCGGGAGCUGACGGCCUGGGCGAAAGAUGUUUACUUGCCGUGGUUGAGGGAGAAUGUUUUGAAUUGAGCUUCACUAAGAUAUGGAUUGGUUUUGGUUUGGAGUUGGGGAGUGGUGCGUACAUAUUGGUUAUGAAUAUGAUACCCCAGUAUUUCGAGUCUUGAAUUGAAGAUUUUGUCAACA